GCGUGCCUACGUCACCGAGCGUGCCGCGUGCGUGCCACGUCAUUACGCCCGAAGAGAAGUGCCAACAUGGCGUUCACCCUGUACUCCCUGAUCCAGGCGGCGAUUUUAUUCGUUAAUGCCAUUGCUGUGUUACACGAAGAGCGGUUCCUGAGCAAAAUCGGUUGGGGGGCGGAUCAAGGCAUCGGUGGCUUUGGGGAUGAACCAGGAAUCAAAUCUCAGCUUCUAAACCUUAUUCGAUCUGUCAGGACUGUGAUGAGAGUGCCUUUAAUAAUAGUAAAUGCAGUGAGCAUUGUGUUGUUAUUGCUGUUCGGAUGAAAGCUGACUCGGAUUGUGGACUCACUGGCGAAAGGAAAUGGACUGUUGUUUGUUAUUUUAUAUAUAUUAUCGUCUCUCUGUUGUAUCCAGGGUGGAAAUGGCUGUUCCAAAGUUUUCUAAUCCUCGAUAUUCGUAAAUCCCCCCAGUUUUUUGUUUGUUUGUUUGCAAAAAAAUGACCCAGUAAAGCUUUGAAGAGCCUGGUCAUCCUCCGUCCUGUUUACAUGAUCUCUCAAAGCUCUCAUUUAUCUGGUGAUGCUCCGGGAGGUCAACCUUUUUGUAGACCUUGUUUAUGUCACGUCAGCAUUUCAGACUCUCGAUAUUUCGAGUAAAACAAAUGGUUCAGGGAGCAAGUUGAGUUGUGUGAUCUGUCACUAAUCAGACAGUCUGAGCUUAGAAAAGGUGUCUGUGGUAAACAUGCGUAACUCUGUAUUAGACUGUUGAUGAUGUUUGGCACCACAGCAACCUUCUGUGAGCCGUCAACAUUUGUAAGAUUUUUAAUAAAGAGAUCGUCUUCAUGUGA